AUGACUGGGGAGAGGACUCCCUACCAAGAAGAGCACACAGACCAGUCAGAGCUGAUCUGGAGAACACCAGGUUCAGGGAGCCAGCCUACGCCGCCGGCGGGCGGGGGAGAUUUAGUUCCCCUCACAGACCUGCCCAAAGGGGCUGAGGGAGGCCUCCGUGUCCCCAGGAUCAGGGAGGGCGCUUCUGUUGGGUGCACUUGCCGCCCCCCGCGGAACGCCCGGAUAGCAGAGAAACCCUUUGAAGCCCGCGGCUGCAGCGGCGGCCGCAGCGACCGGGAGCGGCCCCGCCCCGGGGGCGGCUUAGCCCGGGAGCCGGGAGGCCGAGGCGGCCGGGCGGGGCGCGCUCGCUCGCUCGCUCGCUCCAGGAGCAGCCGCGGGACGAUGGACGGCGGCGUCGCGGGGCUGCCGGCGCUGGGCGCCCUGGUCGGGCUCGGGCUGCUGCUGCGGGUCGCCUGGGCGCUGAGCCGGGCGGCGCGGCCCCAUCUGCUGGCGGCGCGCGGGCGGGGCGCGGAGCUCGCCCGCUUCGGAGCCUGGGCGGUGGUGACUGGAGCAACAUCUGGGAUUGGAAGAGCCUAUGCCCAUGAGCUCGCCAAGAGAGGCCUCAAUGUGGUGCUGAUCAGCCGCUCUCUGCAGAAACUGAAGCAGGUGGCAGCUGAGAUAGAAGAGCAGCAUGGACAAAGCACCAGAGUUAUUGAAGCUGAUUUCACCCAGGGGUCAGAGAUCUAUGACUCAAUCCAAACCGCCCUGCAGGGCCUGGAGAUUGGCAUUCUGGUGAACAACGUUGCCAUGACCUGUACAAAAGAGCCAGUGCAUUUCCUGGAUAUCCCCAACAUUGAAAAGACUCUAUCGGAUAUUGUGAAUUGCAACAUGCUCUCAGUGGCAAAGAUGACCAGGAUUGUCCUGCCCCAGAUGCUCACCAGGAAGAAGGGGGUCAUCAUUAACUUGUCCUCUGAAGUGGGUCGUCAUCCCCAUCCAGUGGCCACAGUGUACAGUGCUACGAAGAGAUUUGUAGAUUUCUUCUCGAGAGGCUUGGAGGCCGAGUACCACUCCCAGGGCAUCCUAGUGCAGAGUGUCCUGCCUCUCUUUGUUUCCACAAACAUGACCAACAACAUCAUACCCAACCGCUAUAUAAAGACAGCAGAAGACUUCGCUUGUGAGGCCUUGAACACUGUGGGCAUCAGUAGCAGGACAUCUGGCUGCCUUUCCCACUCCAUGCAGAGCUUCUUUUAUGAGCUGCUGGUUCCUGAGUGGUUUCUUUUCUCCUCCCUUGGGUUUAAAUGCACUCUGGCACUGUGGAGUAAGUUGAAGACCCGGAUGCCCUCACUGAAACAUGAGUAGGCAAGAACUCACAGGCCCAAAUGAUGCAGCACUAACCCUUUGCUCCGAGCUAACCAUAUCCUUUUCUUCUCCUCCUGAGUUUGCUAAAUUUGCUGCUGUUAGCCUGUACUUUAAAAUAGCUUCACAGGGUUAAUUGGUUGCUUUCCACCCUACCCCACCCCCCUGCACUUUUGUUUUUCUGAAGUUUUAAUGGAGGAUUACUUUGGAUACUUAUGGGAAAUGUUUUUCUGGAUAGAGCAUGACACAGCUCUGCCAUAUUCCACUGAAAUUUUAAGAGUAAAAGAUCCGUGGGUGACCAUGGAGACAAAUGUUUUCCUGUCUUUGUGAGCAAUCCCAUGGUAAAGACAGCACAGGGGAAGGCAGCUGUGUUGCGGGGACUGUAUUUGGUGGCUAAGUCAUUACAGACAAAAUGCACCACCUUGAAGAACUGAAUGCAUAAGUAAGUGAUUUAAAGAGAGUGAAGGGUUAAAUGUAGCUUUGGCAGAAAUUAAAACUACAGUAAUUUACAGAGUCUACAUGUACAGAGUCUGUAUGUAGUCUGUACAUACUACAGAGUCUGUAUGUAGUCUACAGAGGGUAGAUCUAUCCUCAUCAUCGUAUCCGCUCAUUAUACUCCACACCUGAACAUAGCCAUUAUAUGGACAACAUCCCCCCAUAUCUCAAUGUUUGUACUUUGAUCCGUUAAACUUUUACCCCCAAUCGGGGAGAUUGCAGAUUAUGUAUUCCUUACGUCACCUGCUCCUAAACUGAACUUCGCACCCCUUGAUAAUCUAUACCUUAUUCCCUGAUAACCAGAAAUUUCUAUGCCUAAACUCUGUACCGUUUUCUUUUUACUUCAACAUUAUCUUAAUAAAAUUAUUAAAUCUGCCUC